AUGGCAUCCUCCAAGGCUUGCAUCGCAAACCUCUUGUUAGGCGCCGUCCCGGCCCUGGCCAAGCUAAACUGCCCCCUCUACGGCCUGGACUACCCAACGCCCACAUCCCUCCUGUCCGCCCCGGGCGUUCAGGCCGCGGCCGCCGCCCUCGACACCGUCUUCCCGCAGUACAUCGACAACGCGACGGGCAACCUGUCCGUCGGCGCUGAGCACUUUUCCUACUCGGUCGAGGUGUUCGCCGCCUCUGAGGACAAGCCCCUGUGGUCGCACUACUGGACGGCGCCGAACCUGCCGGAGCUCAACUCGACGGGCGUGAGUAAAGUCGACGGCGACACGGUGUACCGCCUGGGCAGCGUGACCAAGGUGUACACGGUACUGGCGUUCCUGGCCGAGGUUGGCGACAGUAGCUGGAACGAGCCCAUCACCAAGUAUGUGCCCGAGCUGCGGGCCAUGGCGGACGAGGCCCGGGUCAACGGGGCGACGAGCCACUCGAUCUUGACAACGGACUGGGAUGCCAUUACUAUCGGCGCGCUGGCGAGCCAGAUGUCGGGGCUGACGAGGGACUACGCGUUGCUGGGCGAGCUCACACAGCAGGCCACAGUGACGAAUCUCACGUAUGUCGGCUUCCCUCCGAUCCCGCAGGCCGAAGUGCCGCCUUGCGGUAACUAUUUCAUCUGCAACAGAUCGCAGUUCUUUGAAGGUCUCAAGCGGACGCCGCCCUCGUUUGCGCCUUUCGUCACUCCGACCUACUCGGAUGUAGGCUACGCCAUCCUCGCCUAUGCUCUGGAGGAGAUGGCGGGCAAGAGUUUCCAGUCGAUUGUCGAAAACAGGAUCAUCAAACCAUUGAAUCUGACUCACACAUUCUACAAGACACCCAAUGAUUCCCUGGGCAUCAUCCCUGGCAACAGGUACAUGACUAAUUGGGCUUUUGACAUGGGCAACGAGUCGCCAACUGGGAACAUGUAUGCUUCAGCAUCGGACCUCAGCACACUCGGCAGGGCCAUCCUUAGGUCGUCAUUGCUCCCCGAGGCACUGACAAGGCGAUGGCUUAAGCCAGCAAUACUAAGCUCUGAUCCCAAGUCGGCCGUGGGCAUUCCUUGGGGGGCGGGUAGCCUGGGGAAGUACAGCACAGUUCUGGCUGUGAUUCCCGACUUCGGCAUCGGCUUCUCGAUCAUAGCAGCUGGAGACAUGCCGAGCGGUCUCACGAUGGGGUUGGCCGACACGUUGUCGAGUACCUACCUUCCGACAAUGCAGUACACCGCGCGCGAGCAGGCCAACAGGACCUAUUGUGGUAGCUACGCUAGUUCCAGCAGAACUCUCAACUCGUCACUGAGCAUCGGCGUGGAUCGCCAGAAGCCUGGCCUCGGCCUUAACCACUGGUUCAGUAACGGAACAGACAUGUUGAGACUUUCUGUCGCCAUCGGACAGAAUGUGUCGAGCGAUUACUGGGAGCAUAUGGAACCCAGCGUGAGGCUGUAUCCGACGGGUCGCUGGGAUGCCAUGCCGGAUGGGGGUAAGAGGGUAGCGUUCAAGGCUGUUUUUGAGGACUUGAGCGGGCCCAACGUGACACGGCCGUUCAGCACCGACUGCUCGACGUGGGUGUAUGUAAGCGGGGUCAUGUACGGCUCCAAGCCGCUCGACCUCUUCAUCUUCCAUAUGGAUGCGGCAGGUAACGUAACGAGCGUGGAGAACGCGGCCUUGCGGAAUAGGCUGGACAAGGUAGAAUCAUCCUAA